GCCCUCCAAGCAUCACCACAAUAUCUUCAUCAACAUGUCACGACUUGUCACAACUUUCCAUACCAUCGUCGUUACGAGCACCUGUAUAAUCUCAUUCCAGAUGAUAUAACUUUCCUACUCAUCUCCUCUCAAGAACAUAUAUCCCCAUCCCCAUUCUCAUCCUCAUCCCUACCCCCACAAUGAUCCCCCGCAAACUCUCAAUCUUCAUCUCCUUCUUCCGCUUUGGCUUCGAUUUCCAACACUUUCUGAUCCUCCUUACAUGUAUCGGUAUCGCCUGUCUGGUCCUCCUCCCACUAAGCUGCACCACCCACUCCACCCACACCAUCUACCUCCUCUCCCUCACCUACACCUCCUCAAUCCCCACCCCCCUCACCCAAACCCUCCACCGCAACCUCAGCUCUCUCCUCCCCCCAAACACCCAAAACAAUGCUCUCACAAUCCGCAUCGGUUUCCGAGGAAUAUGUAUGGCUUCUCCAAUCGCAAGUUGGAGAUGGGAAUGUGCCCAACAUGUCACGACAUUAAAGAAUACAAUCACGAGCACGAGCACGAGCACGAGUACAAAUUCGACCACGCAUAUCGAUUUCGAUACAGAUCCCCUGAAUCUCCUUCAACUAGCCGAUUCGGUGAGGAAAAGAAUUGUAUUUGACGGAUUGCUCUACAUCUCCCUCGCCCUUACCCUCUUCACCCUCGUCCUCCUCACUCUCAUCCCCCGUUGGAAAGCUGACAGAAACUCCGACACCGAUUCCGAACGUCAAGUAAAAUCAUUUCCCUCUCGGGCCCUGAGCUUUACACUCUGCUUAGCCAGCGGUAGCGCGUUCCUCUUCGCAUCUGUAUCCAUCCUCUGGCAGCAUUUGGCCGCGGUGACUACCUCGCGAUUUAUCGAGCGGAUGAGUUAUGGAGGCGUCGUGGCGAAAGUGGGUAGUAAUGCUAUGGUGAUAGGAUGGUUGGGGGUUUUGAUGUUAUGGUUCGCAUUUAUGGGGUGUUUACUCAUGGUGUUGAGUAUGAGGAAAGUGAGGAGGACUUUUGGUUGAUGUAAAAAGUUUCAAAAUCGAAAUAACAUGUCACUGAGAAUUAGAAACA